GUGUCAAAAAUAAUUGUAAAUUAUUUUUUUAAGUGUAUAUUAUUGUUUCUAUAAAUUAGAAAGGAAACAUUUUUUAUUUUAAACAUUGAAAAUGUUUUCUACUGUUUACACAAAACCAGGAGAUCAAUUAAAUCGGAUUCAUGAUAGACCGUUGGCUCUGAUUGCUUCAAAAAAAGCCUAUGAUCAUUUUGUCGAUUAUACAACCGAAAAACACAGAAUGGCUAUUCUUGCCGAAAAAGAGGUAAAAAGAUUAACGGAAAUUAAAAAAGCCACUUAUGAAAUGUCCAAAACUUGGGAUAAUACAAUUGAGAAUAUAAAAAAGAAAAAAGAAGAAGAAUUAUUGGCUAAAAAUAAAAAAGAAGAAGUUGAUAAAAUUCAGUUUAUGGAGGAAAUGGCGGCAAAAAAAGCAGCAGAACAUGCAGAAAUAAUUAAUGAAGCUAAAAAAUUAAUACUUUAUACAAAACCUCAAUGUAGACUUAUUAACAGAGCGCUUCUUACAUCAGAGUGUCUCAGAGAAUUAGAUGAACAGCUUGAAUUUCAAAAAAAUUUAAAGCUCCUCGAGAAGGAAGAAAAAAAUGAAACCUCAGAGAUGAUAAAACAGGAAAUUAAAAAACAUGAAGAAGAAGAAAGAAAAAAAGCUGAAGAAUUAAUGAUGAAAAAUAAAAUCUACGCAGAUGAACUAAAAAAACAAAUCCAUAGAAAUAAAUGUAUUUCAAAACGAGAAGAGGAAAUUCAAAAAGAAACAGCAAAACAGGAAUUAUCAAACAUAGCAAGAAAAAUUGAAAUGGAAAAAAAUCUGGAAAUUGAAGAAUUGGAAUUAAAGAAAAAAAAAUUACGAGAACAAUUUCUAAAAGCGCUUGAGGAUAAACGGAAACACGAACUAAAAGUUAAGCGCGAUGAGAAAUUCGAGGAACAAGCAAUGGCUGUUUAUAAUAAAGGAAAACAACAAAUAGAAAGUAAAUUAAAUCAUCAAAUAAAAAAAGAAAAAGAAGAAAGAAUUCGUCGUUCCGAAUAUUUAGCAAAGAAAUGCGCAGCUAUUGCAAAUUCGCGUGUCGCAGAGGAAGAAAUAAUAUUAAAGAAGGCAUUGGAGAAAAAGGAAAUUGAGGAAAAUGAGAAAAAAGUGGCACGCAAACAAUAUGAGGAAAAAUUACGAGUGGAAAUGGAAAAAUAUCGACAGGAACUCGCUAUUUUGUUGGAAAAUCAGAAAAAAGAGGAUGAGAAAUUUAAAGCAUGGGAAAUAAAACAGAGACUCGAGAGGGACAAAUUCGACAAGAAUAUUAAAGCCCAGGAUUACGAAAGGGAAAAAUUGAAAAAACAAAAAAUGGCCAAAACACUUCGGAAGCAAAUUGCGCUAAAAGAAAUUGAACAAAAACGAAUUGAAGAAUUGGACAAUAAAAAUGAUAUAACAAGAGAAAUAAUUGAGAAAACUAAUGAGAAGAUUCUUCGCUAUGGAGAAGAAGUUCUCAAAGAAUCUGAUGGUGUUAGACCUCUUUUUCCAAUUAUUAAAGUUCUACAGCAAUUUAAAAAUGAAGUGAGACCAAAAUCACAAAAUUCGCCAGCCAGAACCAAAUAAUUCAAAUGAGAAGAAAAAUAAGUAUUCUUUUUGUAUCGAAAUUCAUAUAAAAAAAAAUGUCUUACAAACGAUAAAACAAUGAUUAAUUAAAAAAUAUAUUUACAAUUUUUGGGAAAUUUUUAAAUACACUUUUUUUAUAACAA